AUGACCAGAGCGAGAAACAGACGGUGUAAGGGAAAACUUCAUCAUGUUCUACAGUAUUGUAGAGGGGCGGUGUGUGAGUGUCGCACCGCCAUGUCCCACCACAGCGACGAGCAAGCGCUCCUCACAGUCGCCUCUGACUCCUUCUGGGAGCCUGGUAAUUACAAACGCACCACUAGGCGAGUGGACGAUGGACACAGAUUAUGCGGAGAACUACAAGCAUUGGUACAAGAGAGAGCAGACAUAGAAAAGACAUAUGCGAAAAGCUUGAGAGGAUGGGCGAAAAAAUGGAAUGACCUGAUUGAGAAAGGUCCAGAAUAUGGUACUAUGGAGGCUGCCUGGAAAGGCGGCAUGGUGGAGGCUGAACGCCUGUCAGACCUUCACCUGAGUGUGCGAGAUAGACUCAUUAACGAUGUUAUGGCUCAAAUCAAGAACUGGCAAAAGGACACCUACCACAAGUCAAUGAUCCAACUCAAAGAACGAAAAGAAAUGGACGAAGCAUUCAAGAAGGCACAGAAGCCGUGGGCGAAAAUGCUGCAGAAGGUUGAGCGGACCAGGUUGGAGUAUCACACGGCAUGCAAACAGGAGCGGACCGCACAGAAUCAAGAGAGAAACGCCAGUGGAGACAGCUCCUUUAGUCCUGAUCAGGGUGAGAACUCCAAGCGAGGACACGAGGUGAAGAAAAUGGCUGACCGAGUAAGUAAAUGUCGUGAAGAAGUAAAGAAGAGCAGAGACAGGUAUCAAGUGGCAUUAUCCGAGAUAACAGCAUACAAUCCUCGCUAUAUAGAAGACAUGACGGGGGUAUUCGAGCGCUGCCAGGAGAUGGAAGCUCAGCGACUUAAGUUCUUCAAGGAAGUACUCUUCAGCUUCCAUAAGUGCUUAAAUAUUAGUCAGGAACCAACUUUACCCCAAAUAUACGAAGAAUUCCACCAUACGAUAAACAACUCUGACCAUCAAAAGGACCUGAAAUGGUGGGCGAACAAUCACGGCAUCAACAUGGCUAUGGCGUGGCCACAAUUCGAGGAGUACACCGAGGAGUUCCGGGACAUCGCGAAGGGCAAGUCCAAGGAGAGCCUGCCCACGGGGCCCAUCACGUUGCUCAACCAGCGGCCAGUCAGCGAGGAUGAACUGCCCCCAAUCAACUCCAAUAACAAAAUUACCAAGACAACCAACCACACGGACGCAGCGCCUCCGCCAACAACAGUCGCCGUGAACACUACCGCUAACAACACUGCCAACAACACCAUUGAUAAGAAGAGUAUCAGCGCACCUAUUGCAGUUACCAACGGCACAGUCGCAGCCCCUAAAUCAAAUAAAACAUCGCCAGCGAAAGACAGCACCAAGGGUCAAGACAAUCCCUUCGAAGAGGACGAGUGGGACGAAGAGUCGGGCGGAGCUUUGACCGAUACGGGCGAGCCCGGGGUGCCUGUGCGAGCUCUGUACGACUACACCGGUGCAGAGAGCGACGAACUCAGCUUUAGACAAGGUGAUGAAUUCGAAAAAUUAGAAGACGAAGAUGAACAGGGUUGGUGCAAGGGACGGAAGGACGGCAGAGUGGGACUCUAUCCAGCCAACUAUGUUGAACCUGUGGGCCAUUAG